CUCCAGGUGUUGAUUUGGAAACAGAUGAGGAUUUUUACACGCAAAAAUGCAAUUGCUGUAAGGGGAUCAAAGAUAAUAUAAGGAGCUCUAUUAUGUUUUACAAACCUCUUGUAUUAUCACCCGGUGGAUCUCAACAUAAACGAGGAUUAUGCGCAAAGUGCAAAAGUGGCUCUCUUUGUGGUGAUGAAACUUGGUUAUAA